AUGCAUGAUCUGAUGAGAGAUCUUUGCUUAUCAAAAGCAAAACAAGAAAAUCUUGUCUUCAUUGUUGAUCGACCGAAUGCAUCUUCGUUAUCUAUGAUUCGGAAGGAGGCAAUUGAAAAAUCUUUGCCCUUGAAAGUGUUGAAUUACGUUGAAGAACAUGAAGAUGAUGAUUGUAAUCCACUAUUUUGGAUUCUUAUAACUUUGGCACGUUCUACAGGACGUCAUAAAAUUCACGAAAUUUGUAGAUACAUGUUCAACAACUUCAAAUUGCUAAGAGUCCUAAACUAUGAGAUAAGAACAAGAAGAACACGUGAUCUUUUUGGAGGGUGGAAGUUACCCAGUGAUAUAGGUAAUCUCGUCCAUUUAAGAUUCUUGAGUCUAAGGAAUUUUGAGUUCCAACGGUCAAAGUUGCCAUCAUCUCUAGGCAACUUAAGGUGCUUGCAAACCUUGGAUUUAAGAGUUGAUGACAGAAUUCAUGUACCUAAUGUGAAAUGGAGGAUGGAGCAACUAAGACAUUUAUAUCUCCCUUUGAGAUGUAAAAGCAGAACUAAGUUGAAGUUGGGUACUUUGACAAAACUCCUAACACUUGUGAACUUCAAGACCAAGAAUUGUUAUCUGAAGGAUCUUAUCAACAUGACAAAUCUUAGAGAGUUGGGGAUAAAUUUGCCCUUCAAUAUUGAAAAUUUCAAUGAGAAGGAGUUGGGCGAGAAUCCACCCAUAAUCGGAAGUAAAUAUCUUCAUUCCUUGUCUAUUACCUAUGAAGAAGGACUGAAAAUAUUUACUUUAUUUUCUAUUGAUGUCAUUAUGAAAUCCUGGUCAAAAAUAGAUCCAAGACAUUUGGCCCACCUCCUUUCAAAUUGUACUAGUAUUUGCAAGUUGAGUAUAACAAGAGUGAUAAGUGAGUUACCAGAGUAUCACUACUUCUCUUCCCAUCUCGCUUACAUACGGUUGAUAUGUUGUAAGUUUGAGGAAGAUCCAAUGCCAACACUAGAGAAGCUGCCUAACUUAAGGAUUCUUGAACUCAAAUAUACUUCAGAAGGAAAGGAAAUGUUUUGCUCUGCUCAGGGUUUUCCUAAACUUGAGUCUCUAAUCCUUGCGGAGCUCUACAAAUUGGAGGAGUGGAAGGUGGAUGAAGGAGCCAUGCCUUCUCUUCAGCGAUUGGAGAUUGAGGAAUGUGGAAACUUGAAGAUGCUUCCAGAGGGAUUGAGGUUCAUUACAACCCUCAAAGAACUGAAGCUUGAAUUAAUGCCAAAGGCAUUCAAAGAUAGAUUAGAGGAAGGAGGAGAAGAUUUCUGCAAAGUCAAACAUGUUCCUUCUGUCAUAUUCCAAAAAUGUGGCUAA